AUGGGAACCCGAAACACGCCGAACACAAGAGCCACGCCGAGCAGGGACAUGAACACACACGAAGGACUAGGUCGUGACAAGCUAUUGGGGACAGGACCCUUCGAAUGGGAGAAAGUAUCAACCACCGACGCACGCAACUUCCUCGUCGCGAAAGGCUUCUGCGCAGAAGAUGCACCGGAAGUCCUCGACAUGAACACCAUUGCACUUGCACUGCUAAGGGUCGCGAACAUACCGAAGCUCUCAGCCUUAGCCGCAGACUCCCUGAAGAUGACGGCGCUCCUCCUGGAAGGGAUCAACACCAGACCCCAAGAGAAGAUGGCAGCCGACAUCGAGGAAAUACGCCAAAUGAUCGAGCAAAGACCACACGACGAAACCACACACCCCGUAGACCGUCACGACAUCGACAGCCUGGUGACACAGGCGAUCCAACACCAAUACGAAGGAAUCCAAACCAUCGCGAACAAACUGCAAGAACAGAUGGGCGCUCUCGAAAACCAAAUCUCAGCUAUGACAAGCAAUAAGAACGACACCAGGCGACCAGCCUCCACCCAACGCCGCGUGUACGAACCCAUGAACCACGGACUACCCACACCCUACAGCUCAUACGCAGACGCAGCGAGGCUAGGAGCAGAACCCAUCCCCGCCAAGUUACGUGCCGACCUCGCCUUUGCGAAAGCACGAGACAACCAAGUCACGCUACGCAGCUCUAACGCGAACGAACCAGCAGUAUGGGCGGACCUCACAGAGAAAGAGGCCCUAGCCAAGGUCAAAAUAGCGAUCGACGCAGCCAAACGAGAGGAUGAAGAAGAGGGACUUCUACAAGACAACGAACCAACUGCUGUCGGAGUUACGAAGACGAGAGCAGGGGCUUUGGUCAUAUACAUGGCCAACAAAUAUCAGGCGGAAUGGCUACGCGACCACGGGACUAUGAAGAGGUUCCUCGAAGCAUUCGGCGGGAUGGUCAAACACGCGAAGCGCUACCACAUGGUGAUCAUCCAAUUUGUACCAGUAACUUUUGACCCAGAAAGCACAGAUGAACUACGCGAUAUCGAAACGAACAACGGCCUCCCGCCCAACGCGAUUGGACACGCGCGAUAUGUCAAACCACGAGAACGCCACAGCCCAAACCAACGCUUCGCCCACGUUAUCAUGGGCACGGACACUAAGGACCAAGCGAAUCGAAUCCUGAAACACGGCAUCUGCAUCGAAGGUAAAAAGGUGUACGCACGAAAACUACUCACGGAGCCGACAAGGUGCAUGAAAUGUCAACUGUACAACACGGGACACAUGGCGAGAGACUGCCCUCUCACGAGGGAUAUCUGUGCAAGAUGCGCAGGGGAACACAGGACUAGCGAUUGCACAAAGGGAGACGACAAAAGAGAAUGUGCAAACUGUAAAACCAAGGGACGUCCACACAAGGGGCACGGCGCGGCCGACAGGUCUUGCCCUACCUUCACUGAUCACUUACAGGCCUCACUACAACGCAAUCCAGACGCAAAAUACAGAUAUUACCCAGUAGAAGACGAUCCAAGCUCCUGGACCCUCACACGCGAAGUACAAGACGAAGCACCAAGAGACGAUCACAACACAAAGAUCCAAGAACCCACGCGAUUCCGCACGGGUCUCCCAUCCCAGACAGCGGCCUUUACAGCCGACUACAUGAGAGGUAACAUUCAACGGGGCAGACAACCCCGACAGACUUUAAACCAACAGCCGGAUGGAAUGAGACAGGCCACCCUGUCUUUUGCGAACCACUGGAGCAACACAAGGGAGACGACAACAGACUGGGCAAGUGAAAUGGACAGAGAAUACAACGCUUACCAAUCACCAGAACGCGACGACGCAACACGAACGGGCACGCAAAAGACAGUAGAAUGA